ACAACCGUGCAUGUAUAUAAACCAGUCGGGGACAGACCGCAGCAGGAGUCGACCUUUUUCUUCAGGACAACUUCUUCCAGAUGAGACAAAACAAGGAUUUAAACAUGACUGUUGACACUGACGACCACCUCAUUUGGAUGAUUGGCGAAUGUUUUCGCAACAACCUACGGCUGCUUAUUCGCAUUGAACCUGUUUUGGAUCACAUCACGUUCAUACCGAGAGAUCAAAAGGAACGGAUUAUGACCAAGGCGAGAAAUGAAGGCAACUCAGAUGCCGUCAAUGCCCUAAUUGACACCAUCGUGAAGGGACCCCGUCCACCGGGGUGGUCGAGGGAGUUCAUAGAUGCACUCUCGUCUGCGGGAUGCACUUACGCGGCGCUGAUAGUGGACACCGACACGCUGCCGACUCCGUCGCUCCAGGCGGAAAACGACUACUGCGUCCAGCUGAUCAUGAUUCUGAGCCCGAGCCUUCUGAAGAUGAAGACCACCGACGUGUGCGAGGGAUGCUACGCCAAGAAUUUGGUCUCCGAAGACGACAAGCAGAACAUCCUGGCUGCAACAAGUUGCCAUGGUUCUAAGGCAGGGGCCCGCAUUCUACUUGACAGGAUCGUGAUGAAGCCUCCUGGCUGGUUCUCCAUCUUCCUGGAGGUGCUGAGGCAGACAGAGCACCCGGAUCUGGUGGAGGAACUCACUGGAGCGAAGAACGCCCUAGGGCUAGGUACCGACGCCUCUCCAGAGAAAGACAGCAGCAGCAGCAGCAGCUCUGAUGAGAGUGUCGGAGACAAAGAGAAGGAAGACAAGAAGACGCCUAAAGAGGAGGAGCAGCCAGAGGAGAAAGAGAAGGAUGAGGAGGAGAAGGAGGAGGAAGAGAAACCGAAAGAUAAGGCGAAGAAGGAGGAGGAGUUGAAGAGGAGGAGCCAGGCACUAGCACUAGAGACCUCUGUUGACACAUCAGGCUCAGCCUGCUGUGGAGAGGCGACUGGUCCUGAGGCUGCCGGUGCUGAUGCUGGUGAGGAGGACCUCCUGACUCUGCGUCCUCAGCAGCUGGCAGUGGCCCAGCCGGCCCUGGAGGGCCGCAACAUCAUCGUCUCCAUGCCGACGGGCAGUGGCAAGACCCGCAUCGCCGUCUACGUGGCCAAGCAGCACCUGGACCAUCAUCGGCAGCAGGGGACGCCGGGCAAAGUCAUGGUCAUCGUCAACAAGGUGGUGCUUGUUGAGCAGCACUUCAGGAAGGAGUUUGGGAGGUUCCUGAGGGAUGACUAUCGCCUGGAGCAGACCAGCGGCUUCUCCCCAAAUAAGCAGGCUUUUGCCAACACUGUAGCUGAGCAUGACGUCAUCAUCUGCACAGCCCAGAUCCUCCUUAAUGCUCUGCAGGACACAGAGGAUGGCAUCAGCCUGGCAGACAUAACCCUGCUGGUCAUUGAUGAGUGCCACCACACCAAGAAAGGGGGCGUGUACCAGAAGAUCAUGGACCUCUACCUGAGCGACAAGCUGGGCAACAUAAAAAAUAAGAAGGCGGGUCAACCCGAGGCGCCCCUCCCCCAAAUCCUGGGACUGACAGCUUCUCUGGGAGUGGAUAAAGCCUGCAAGAUAGAGAAGGCAAAGGAGCACAUCCUCAGGAUAUGUGCUAGCCUGGAUGCCUCUGCCUUGAUGACAGCUCAUAUGGAGGAUCAGGCCAGGAACAAAGAGAUGAUAAUAGCCAGGAGACGCGCACAGGAUCCAUUUGGUGAUGUCAUCUGUAGCUUGAUGAGGCGCAUCCAGGAGCAUGCUCAGUUGAAGCCCACUGUUGCUAUGGGGACACAGUGUUAUGAACAAUGGGUUGUUGACGAGGAGAAAAAAGCGGCCUGUGAUGAUGACCAGCGUAAGCGUGUGUGCGCGGAACACCUGCGGCAGUACAACGAGGCGUUAAUCCAGAGCCACUCCAUCCGCAUGUGUGACGCCUACCAACUGCUGAUCUCCUUCUACCGGCAGGAGGACAGGAAGAAGGAAGGGGUCGCGCAGACCCACACUGAGGAGUUCCUCUUUAAGCUCUUCAAUGAAAAUGUCAAGAAGCUGGAGGACUUCUCCAAACAGUCAGAAUAUGAGAACAAUGUUCUCUCCGAGCUGCGCAAAACCAUCUUGAAAAAGUUCUCAGGGCAGGACGAGGUGCGCGGCAUCAUCUUCACGGAGACGCGCCUCAGUGCCAUGGCUCUGCACAGCUGGAUCCAGGAGAACAGCGAGUUCCAUGGCGUGAAGGUGUGCUCCAGUUACCUGAUUGGGGCCGGAGACCAGAGCGCUGUGAAGCCCAUGACUGCUAGUGAGCAGCGAGACGUCCUGCGGAAGUUUAACAGUGGCGACGUCAACCUGCUCAUUGCCACCACUGUGGCCGAGGAAGGGCUGGACAUCGAGAGAUGCAACGUUGUCAUCCGCUACUGCCUAGUGACCAGUGAGAUUGCCAUGAUCCAGGCCAGAGGACGUGGGCGGGCCGAAGGCAGCAGCUACGUUGUGAUUGGUGUAGAGGGCUCUGGGGUGGCGGAGAGGGAGCGGCUUAACGAGCAGAGGGAGAAGCUGAUGAAGAAAGCCAUCGAGGCCAUUCAGAAGAUGACGAAGAAGGACUAUGACAACAAGGUGAUGCAGUUUCAGAUGGAGGGUUGGCUGGAGAAGGGGGUGCUGAGGAGGCGUACUGAGGAGAGGAGCAGGAGGAGGAGAAUGGAACCCUCGGCCGUUAAGUUCCGUUGCCGCGGCUGCACAGUGGUGGCCUGUGGCGGAGAGGACAUCGAGGUCAUAGAGAACGCACAUCACGUUAACCUCAGCGAGGCCUUCAGGGCCAAGUUUAAGGAGAACACCAACUCUUCCCGGAGAGGCCUGAAUGCCCCGUGCGAGGCGGAGAAGUACAUCUCAUGCCAGGGGUGUGGACAGUUCUGGGGACCGAUGAUGCUGCAUCGGCAGCUGGAGUGUCCGUGUCUGAGCAUCCAAGGCUUCGUGGUCCUGCAGGGGGAUGAGGAGGAGACGCUGGAGUCUUGGACCAAACUCAGCGUCAAUUUCAAUCAGUUCGACUUCUACUCGCACGCCUCGCGGAUCGUCUACAGGGACGAGGAGAACACAUAAGCUGGAAAUGACUCAUCACUGAUUCUUAAACGUUUGUCAAAAACACGUCUCAGCUUUAAAAGUGCUAAUUCUGUUGAAAAUCAAUUAUAUUUUCAUGAACAGAAUACAUCCAGGUAAUGAGCAAGGGGUCUGUUACUCAAAUGUACAGUUGUUUGAAAGAAGUAAGUGUAAUUUUAUGACCUUUAUUUUUCAUUACUGUAGCGAGUUUGAUUACUACUGCCUUGCCUCACAGUUUGUCUUCAGAGAAUAGGAGAACACGUAAGAAUAUAUAUAAAAAGGCCCUGCCAUGGCCUAACGGUAGGGCACUAGGUCAGUGUUUCUCAACCUUUUUAUAGGUGAGGCACCCUUUCAAUUCAUGAAAAAUGUCAAGGUACCCCAAACCAACAAGCCAUAACAUGGCAUCACAUCCGAUACCACACAAGUUUAGAAAAGUAACACAUUUGGAGACGUCAGACGACCUACGUUCGAAGCUGCAGCUGACUGGGGAGACCUA